CUAGCAUUAGCCGAACGCCUUGAACACGUAUAAAACCGGUAAUCAGGCGCUCUCCAACCCCUCUCUUGUGCUUCUUGUGCUUGGAUCAACUACCUCUCGCAUAUCAACGAAAGACAUAUCGACAGUCCUACGUCAGACACAUACACACACACACACACACACACAAACACAUACACCAUGGGUCUCAAGGGAAGCUGCAUGUGCAAGGCGAUCAGAUACGAGAGUGAGAACCCCCAAUCGACGGCAUUGUGCCACUGCACAGACUGCCAGAAGUGGAGCGGCUCUGCCUUCACCUCCAACGCCGUCGUUCCUCGCGCCUCCUUUAAGGUCACUCAGGGCGAGCCCAAGUUCUACGACAUCAGCGGGGACUCGGGCAAGAACAACAGGCACUUCUUCUGCGGCAACUGCGGCUCCAGCCUGUACACCGAGCUGGACCUGAUGCCGGACGUCACCUGCGUCAAAGCGGGCGGUUUGGACGAGGGGAAAGCGAGCCUGGACGGCAAGCCGUCCGUCGAGUUCUACUGCAAGGACCGCGUGUCGUACCUGACGGACGUCAAGGGCGCGGACCAGAAGCCCGCGUUUGGAUGAUGAUUGUCUAUUUUAUGCGGUUGUAUGUGCAUUAUUGGCGGGGAUUUGUGUGUAUAAACAAAAAUAAAACGGAAAACCCAUCAGUCUCCUUCACGGUAUCCCAGGGCGAUCUGAUAUCUCUCG